AAAGUCUGACACUCUGUGUGUGUGAGCACCAUGACAAUUCGUAUCCAACCCACCGUCCCCUCUCCCAAGAUCUACUACUACUCCUACUGCUACUGCUGGUGGUACAUGGGUCUCGUGACACUCGCCGUUUCUUGUAUUCUGCGUCCACCAGCACUGCUGGUCCACGGUUGGGCGACGACUCCCACGCGCGUGUUGGGGAUUGUGGGUCGGACGUCCGCACUCGUCGCGAGUAGUGCCGAGACUACCCGUCACCGUCACGGUGCUUCCUUGUCCAUGAGUCAAUCGCCGUCAUCGUCGUCGUUCGGAUCCAUCCUUGGGAACCUGGUGUCGUCGUCGUGGAACAGAAGCAACAGCGGUCCGUCGGCGGUGCCCGGGCUCGAUCAAGCCUUGAUCGAAUCACCACGUUCUUCCUGGAACGAAAUUCGAUCCCUCUUGGAAUCCCGAAUGACAACCAAUGCGGAACGGAACUUUCGGAACAAUCUGUCUACAGGAUACGGCGUCGCUUCCCCACUGCACAACGUUCGAUUGUACGACGAAGCCAACCAGGAAUCCGACGUGCGCGUUACCUUUUAUCGAGACAGUGCGUCCUGGUGUCCCUACUGUCAAAAGGUGUGGAUGACACUGGAAGAAAAACGCAUCCCGUAUCGAGUGGAACGUGUCAAUAUGCGCUGUUACGGGGAUAAGCCAGCCUCCUUCUUCCGGAUCCAGCCUGGAGGGCAAAUCCCCGUGGCCGUCAUUGACGGCAAGGUCUACGGACAAUCCAACGACAUUUUGUACGCUCUCGAGGAGGCCUUUCCGCAACACAAAUCUCUCGCUCCACCCCAGGGCAUGGCAAUGGAAGCACAACGACUGUUGCGAUUGGAACGCAGUCUCUUCUCGGUCUGGAUGUACUGGUUGACGGGUGGUAGACAGCGCGACGAGUUUCGGGCAACACUUGCCGAGGUCGAAACGGCCUUGGCACAGAAUACGGACGGACCGUUCUUUCUGGGUCGGGACGUGACCAUGGUGGAUUGCAUGUUUGCGCCCUUUUUGGAACGCAUGGCGGCGUCACUCUUGUACUUCAAAGGCUUUCAAUUCCGGGUUGCUCCCGGUGUCCCGACGGACUAUCCCGCCAUCAACGCCUGGUUCGACGCCAUGGAAACACGGGAAAGUUAUCAACUGACCAAGAGUGAUUACUACACACACUGUUGGGACUUACCGCCCCAACUGGGCGGUUGUGUCUACGAAAAAGGUGGCGAGCCCUUUGAACAAGCCAUCAACGGCGACCGUCGGUUGGACGGCACGCACAAGAGUUGGGAGUUGCCGCUGGCGCCGCACAACGGAGGGAUUGAACCGGACUGGGAAUGGGCCGGUGACGAGGCGGCGGCCCGACGGGAGGCGGUGGAACGCGUGUCCGCCAAUCACCAAGCCAUUGUCAAGUUUGCCGCCCGUGGAGCCGGCACCAAAGGACUCGUGCCCUUUUCGGCACCCCUCGCCGAUCCCAAGGCGACACCCAACGAAGCCGUCCUCCAGGCCGUGGACACAUGUUUACAGAUUGUUUGCCUGGCGUUGCUGGAAGGGACCGACAAGUACGAUACCGACAUGGUCAAGGUUGCGCAUAUUAUUCAGGAAAAAGGCGGCCAGGAGUUCACCAAUGGCGUUGUCGCCAGUCUCGCAUAUUUGCGAGAUCGUGUGGGUGUUCCACGGGACAUGCGCUUACCGGCAGCUCGGCAGUUGCGGGCACACCUGAAUUGGUCCGUGGGCAAGCUUUUGGAUACAUAA